AUGCCUAAAAAAAAGACCGGACAGAGAAAAAAAGCUGAGAAACAAAAGCAAAGGCAAAAGGAGAUUCGUAAUGCAAAGGAUCACGUAGACAUAGCACAGCACCCUUGCAACAUGCCUAUGGAAUGUGACAAGUGCCAAAAGAAACAGAAGAGUCGUGCCUUCUGCUACUUCUGUCAAGCACUCCAACGGCUGCCAGCAUGUGCACACUGCGGCAAGGCCUUGGCAUGGUGGGUGCAAUAUGUGAUUUUUGCGAGGCAUGGGUGUGCCAUGGGCGCAAGUGUCUUAAUUCGCAUGCCUGCUCAUGUCCACUUACGGAUGCCGUUUGUCUUGAGUGUGAACGUGGUGUAUGGGAACAUGGUGGGCGCGUAUUUCGCUGCUGUUUCUGUCAGGGUUUUCUAUGUGAAGAUGACCAGUUUGAACACCAGGCUUCGUGCCAAGUGCUGGAGUCGGAAACAUAUAAAUGCCAAUCGUGCAACCGGCCUGGGGCAGUACUCGUGCCUGCGCUGCAAGACGUGCUUCUGCGAGGAGCACGUGCGCCGUCGCGGCACCAAGCUGGACCGGCGCGCCGCCCCGCCCUGCCCCCGCUGCGGCUUCGCCCUGCUGCUAACCGGGGAGCUCAGCAUGUCCACUCGCUCGCACCGCUACGGAAGACAAGGCGCCGCGCUGGCCGACGACGACGACUACAACGCUGGCGGUUACACCGGCUAUGAUGGAGGUACUGAGGGUGGUGAUUACUCGUAUUCAUGCUCAGAUUCUGAGGAGGAGGACGAGGAUGAUGAAGAAGAAGAAGACGAUUCCGAAGAGGAGUCUGAUGAAGACGCGCAGCGCGAAUCAUCCAGUAGCAAGCCUUCAGCU